CCCAGCGGAAGCUGCCCGGCUCCGCGUCGCCGUGGCAACGCUUACGGCUAUUUCCGGAGGCGGUGACCGCGGUGGGCGGGGCUAGGCCGGAGCUGCAGGAACACCUUUUGGAAACCCCAGCGCCUUUGGCAGACCCUUUGGCAGCCGGGAGCUGGAAACAGCGGAACGAAAGGCAGGCGUUCCUCGGUUGCUGGGGCGGAAAGGACCCACUCUGUCCGUCCUUUCAAGUUUCCCCCUGGGCUGAGACUAAGGCGUGCGGCAAAUUCAGAUUCUCCGGCACCGUAGUGGUCGUCGCUGACCCGAGUUAGAGGCCAACAGAGAAAUCUUCGUGCCUCAGAUUUGUUCACCAACAGAAUGCUUCGAUACCCAUAUUUUUGUAGAACCUAUAAAGAAUUUCUUUCAUGCUGGUUGGAAUCUGGGAUGUUUAAUUUAGGUGUCUGGCCAAAAAAGAUACAUGCUACAGCAGAAAGAUAUGAUGAAUAUGAAGCCCACGAGCAAACAGAUCAAACUGGAGCUCAGGAGUUUCACAGAUCUCAAGAUGCUGAAGCGAUGACUAAAUUACAUAUUCCAGUAAUGGUGGAUGAAGUUGUUCGUUGUUUGGCACCACAAAAAGGGCAGAUUUUUCUAGAUAUGACAUUUGGUUCAGGAGGACACACAAGAGCCAUUCUACAGAAGGAGUCAGAUAUUACUCUUUAUGCCUUAGACAGAGAUCCAACUGCUUAUGCAAUGGCUGAACAGCUUUCAGAAUUGUAUCCUAAACAGAUCCGGGCUCUGCUAGGUCAGUUCAGCCAGGCAGAAGCGUUAUUAAUGAGAGCUGGAGUACAGCCAGGGACUUUGGAUGGAGUUCUUUUGGAUCUUGGAUGUUCCUCCAUGCAACUUGAUGCUGCUGAAAGAGGUUUUUCCCUUCGGAAAGAUGGCCCCUUGGACAUGAGAAUGGAUGGUGGCAGGUACCCAGACAUGCCCACUGCAGCUGAUGUUGUGAACGCGUUAGACCAACAGUCACUUGCAUCCAUCCUGAGAACAUACGGGGAGGAGAAGCAUGCCAAGAAAAUAGCUUCAGCAGUCGUUCACGCACGCAGCGUCUACCCCAUCACCAGAACCCAGCAGCUUGCUAGCAUCGUUGCAGGUGCAUUUCCUCCUUCUGCUAUUUAUGCCCGAAAAGACUUGCUACAACGAUCUACCCAUAUUGCUACCAAGACUUUCCAAGCUAUUCGCAUAUUUGUGAACAAUGAACUCAAUGAACUUUACACAGGACUGAAGACAGCUCAGAAGUUUCUGAGACCUGGUGGUCGCCUUGUUGCCCUCUCUUUCCAUUCACUGGAGGAUCGCAUUGUCAAACGAUUCUUGCUUGGGAUAAGCAUGACAGAAAAGUUUAACCUAAGUGUUAGACAGAAGGUGAAACAAACAUCACAGUUGAGUUCAGAUCAUGAAAACAAGGAAGGAGAUUCUACAGGAAGGGCCCCUUUAAUGUGGGAAUUGAUACACAAGAAGGUACUUACUCCAGAAGAACAGGAUGUACAGGAAAACCCCAGAGGGCGCUCAGCCAAGCUUAGAGCAGCUAUCAAAUUAUGAGAAAGUCAUUAUCAUCUGAUCCUUCAAGUUUUCCCUCACAGUUUCUCUUAGUUUUUUCUUAUGAUAUUCCUGGACAGCUUAAUACAAGGAAGUAUGGAAUACAUAUAGGAGAGAGAUGUACUACAUAGGUGUGGAAAUUGAGGAUAUUUAGCUUUUUUUUCUCUCCAUUAGAAAAUGUAGGAAAUACUAGCAUGACACAGAAAGUUCAACUUAGGGAGCAACAGCAUCUCAAAACUGGAUUAAUGUGUUGAUUUUAGCAUUAUGUUUGACUUUUGAAGUGCAGUCCUUUCUCUAACCAGGAAAUUAAAAAAAGAAUACUAGGUAUAUUUAUCUAAAUAUGUAAACUUAAGCUGUCAAAAGAGAGAGAUUAUAAUUACAUGUACAUGCCCUAGAUUCUGAAUUUACCGGUAGAUAUCAGAUUUGCAACAGACUUUCUGUGGCUCAAAUACUUAAUAAUGAUCAUGGAAUGAAUUUUAAUUUCCCUAAUUGGCAAUAAUUGAUAUCAAUAUCACUGUAACUUCCUCAAAUGUAAGCAUUAUGUAUUUUUAACUUUUCAAGUAUUAUUUUUAUAGUAUUCAUUGUUUUAAAGGGAUUUUUCCUUGUUUUAUGUAUUGCAAAGUAAAAAUGUAGAAUUGCUGUUACAGCAAUUAAUAAAUUUUAUAAAACUUA